CCCGUCCGGGACGCGUGUGCGGGCCUUUUCACAGCGACUGCACCUGGAUGCGGUUCAGGGCGUGUUGCUGCUGCAGGCAGGUGUACAGGCAGGUUGAACAGGUUAUUCCCUGAAUGCCACUCUGUUGAGCCCUCCUCCUCUUCCUCCUCCUCCUCUUCCUCCUCCUGCUGCUGCUGCUCCUCUCCCUCCUCACCUGGUCUCCACGGGCAAACGGCUGACUCAUUCUCGCGUGUUGGCCGCUCUGAAGAGAGAUCUGGUUGCACCUCAUCUGAUAUUGACUGAGAACAAGUUUCAGAGUGAAGCCAAAGGGGAAAAUGGGACACUACUUGAGAAUCGCAGCAGGCCUCCUUCUGCUCGUGCAGACUUUUCGCCUGGCGUCGCUCCAAGACUCAACCGACUCUCCGCGGCCGCCGAUUCCUCAAAGCUGGCUGCGCGAAUUAGUCCCAUCUGUGAGUCAAACCACAGCAGUUUCCGAGGAGGAGGCGGAUAAUAACGCCGACGGAAUCCCGUCCGGCUCCAUGAUGGUAACCACUGCCGAAGAGGAGAAUGUGUCCGGCCGAGACGCGGGUACGACGCCUCCUUCAUUCCCCACGACUCUCCCGACGGAACAACCAGACGCCACCGGAUCCCCAAGCGCCCCGACCACGGUGCUCACAGACGAGACCCAAACAGGGGAAGAUGUUCGCAACGCGACGACCUCCCCGAUGUCCACGACCCAACGGAGCGAACAAACCUCCGCCAUCUUCCCGGGUGACUCCACCGGCGCCGGGUUCCAGACGGCGUCGACGGCGGCGACCUCGGCUCCGGAGCUCAACGCCACGCAGGAGCCGACCACCGAACGGGACGAGGCGACGCAGUCGACCAACGGCGUGGGACCUGCCGCCGGGACGACCGCGAUGACCACAGCGUCGCAAGGGGCUAACGAGACGUCCACCACGUCUGCGUCCACGUCGGCGGCGCCGUCGGCGUCCGCAGGCACGAGCCCCGCGCCCACAACGCCCGAGCCUACGACCUUCAAACCUACGACCGCCGAACCUACGACCCCCGAACCUACGACCCCCGAACCUACGACCCCCAAACCUACGACCUCCGCACCUACAACCACCGCCGCUCCGGUCAAACCCGCCAUCGGCAACAGGACGGGCGUGGAUGUGCCCUCGGGGAGCAGCUCGGAGAGAGAAGACGCCAGCAGGAGCGGAAGAAGGGGAGCGUGGGGCGCCGUACUGGGCACGGCCGUGGCCGUGGCGGUCGUCGGACUGGUGGCCUACGUCAUCCUGAAGAGGAAGCACCAGAAGGGCUUCUCUCACAGCAAACUGGUGGAGGAGCAUCCCUCGGACCCAGUCCUCAGAUUAGACAACAGCGCCCCUUUGGACCUGGACUUCGGAAUCGGUCGCUCGGCCUACUACAACCCGGCGCUCCAAGGGGACAGGAUCCAGAUGGAGAACCUCCCGGGACGCCGCUGACCCCAGAGGCCAAGGUCACGACCUCCUGUGAGAGGAAGGCGGCCCGUUGCGUGGACCUUUUGUGAAGAGGAGCGCGUGGCGUUUGUUGGACGCGAAGGUCACGCGCCCGCGUUAAGUAGAUUUAUUGCGCUGAAAUAGAGCGAGCAGCAAAGGCAACCUACACAGCCAUUUAUAUCGCCAAAGGGUAUCAAAUGAAGUCUUUCCUAAUCAAGAAUAGGCCUCGCAGUAGAUGAAGAAUGUAUAUUUGUACUGGCUUUUGGUUUCCUUUUAAAUAUGCGUAUAUUCUUUUUGUGAAAUAAUGUCCAAGACAAGCAAAACAUAAUAAUCAGAUCGAACCAGAACGCCCCCCCCCCCCCCAAACCAGGCGAUCAGUCUCGUUGAUCAGCAGCGACGACCACGUGGUCACGACACCCUGCUUCAGUCCCCCGACCUCCGGCCGUCCGGGCCGACGCACGUUUGACUUUGAAUGGAAACAACGGCGAUCAGGGCGGGAUCAACUACGCGCUUUCGUAAAGAUUUCACACAUUUUGUCCAUUUCUCAACCUUCCUGCUCUUCCGCCGCGUAUAAAUAAACCCCCGUUCAUUCCGCUCUCUCGUCCGCUCUCUCGUCAUUACCCGAGAUCUCGGCAGGCGUUGUUGUUGGACGGCGCCAGGUGCAUUUGGUCUGAUGGAGGGAGGAGCUUUUUGAGGCCCACUGUCAGAGAACGGCAGGGAUUGCUGCAGGAACCAUGCAGGACGGAUGAGAAACGGGGGGGAUCCAGAACAUCAUUUUGGCUUUCUUUCAUACAUCACAGGAACUCGCUCUGUGGGAGACAGUAGCUGCUUGAAUUAAACACGAUCAUUUACGAAUUAGUUUUUUUUGGCGGCGUGCUAAAAUCGAUUAACUGAUGCCGAGCUCGCUAAACAAUGUACAUGUCUUUUUCGGGGGGGGCGGGUGGAGUAUGUGCAGGUUAAUUUACACUUCCAGCCGAGCCAAAUUGAUUCAAAUGAAAUUAAACAGUCGCUGUCUUAAUUGGGUGUCGAAUUCCUUAUUGUCUAAAUUUGAAUUCAUUUUAGCGAACUCACUGGAAAUGAGUUUAACCCAAGAAGUCUCGUCGGUUGUAACCACCCAGAUCGCUGUCUCCUCGUGCGAUGAGUCGACGGUGCUUAACGCUGAAACGGAGGCCCAGCGAGGGGAGGACUCCUUAAAAUGACCAUCAAACUUCUCAUGAAAUGAGUGUUCAUCUGGUCACGGAAGAAUGACAGCAUGCCGAUGUAGAAAUAGCAAUUAGUUAGUAGUAAACUGUGAGCGAGCGCCUGAAAGACACACUUGGCUGACGUCCCUGGAGGGUAUUCACCAAAAUGUGAAAUGCUUUGACACCAGUGGCACGUGGGGCUCCUUGAAAAGGGAAAUAUUUUGUGAUAAAAAAAUGGCUCCAGUCAGUUGACGGCUGGUCUCUUAGCAACACAGACCCUCGAUUGUCAGUCAGCGGUCGCCGUGGGAAACGCCCCCAGAGACGGUUCCCCAAAUAUGUCCAAAAAAGUGUAACAUCCUUCCAACUUCAAUACCGCCAGAGCUCAUGCGCCCUCAUUUAAAAAUUGAGGAGAAUUCAUAUUUCAGUUUGAUUAUAAUGUCUGCAGCGAUGUUGUGGAAGGAUUUUAUCUUUGGAAUGAAAAGAGCCUCUGACAGGAACAAAGAUCAAAGAGAUUUGUUUCAGUUAGUUCCUUUCUUCUCAUUGAUAAGCCACAUCGAACCUAACGAACAACUCGUGGUGGAAAACGUAUUUGGAAUAAAUCACGGGCAUGAUCUUACGGCCCUACAGCCUUCCCAUUAUUAACUGGUGAGCGACGGUAAGAAAGUGGUGGUUUGUGAUGCACACAGAGACUGACAACGCAAAUAAAACACCUGAAAAGAAUUGAAAACGUCCAAAUUAAAGCACCUGAAUAACUGAAA